AUGCAUGGGACUCAUCAUGCAAGGGACUACCUCUUCCGCAAUCCAAACUAUCCAAAGGACAGGUGGAAUAUUCCAUUGUUCAAGGUUGUCUCCCCGCUUAAAUUCUUAGGCAAUGAUUUCACCUACGAUGUGAACCAACCCGCCUAUGCUGUGUUCAGACAGGCGUGUGUCGACAUACGGGGAACUCCUGGAAUCGGCUUCAAUAGGAACGUCUUCGGGAAGCCGAUCAACUUCCUAAACGACAGGCUUAAGGAUCCUAUGCUAUGGACCAAUCUGUAUGCUGAGUAUCUGCGUUAUAGCUUCAAGCUAUCUCCUUCACCCAAAGCGAUCACCGCAUAUCGUGCGAAGCUCUUGGCUCAGUCCUAUCGAGUUAUGGACGAUGCCAAAGCCAAGACAGGACACUGGAGCAAUGGCGACGUGUAUGUGUAUCAACAGUGCGUUAAAUUCAAGGCCUGCGAUGCAAGCGACGAUCAUGUCAAGGCAGUGCUGCAAACGAUCACCAGGACGGAACCAAUACUCUCACAGUCAGAUUUCCCGAAGAGAAAUCCAGACGACUGGUGGAAACUUACGGGCUGGUGUCCCGGUCUCGACGGUAUAGUCUAA